CCGUGUUUGUUGCACGGAAUUUUUAUGCAGAGAAACCGUUAUUCGAGUCUCAUUGGCGAUUUGUUAAUAGACGUAUAGCGAAAAUAUUAGGUGUACGAAGGGAUAAAAUAUACGGUUACUGCAAAUAUGGAUGAUCAGGGGUGUCCACGAUGCAAGACAACUAAAUACAGGAACCCAUCACUGAAACUGAUGGUGAAUGUCUGCGGUCACACGCUGUGUGAAAGCUGUGUGGAUAUGCUCUUUGUGCGUGGCUCGGGGAACUGCGUGCAGUGCGAGACACCCCUUAGGAAAAGUAACUUCCGUGUGCAACUCUUCGAGGACCCAGCCGUGGACAAGGAGGUGGAAAUCCGAAAAAAAGUACUGAAGAUCUACAAUAAGAGGGACACGGACUUCUCCAGCCUGAACGAAUAUAAUGAUUACCUGGAGCAAGUGGAGGAUAUUGUCUGUAGUCUAACGAACAACGUAGAUGUGGAGAACACCAAGCGAAUAAUGGAGCAGUAUCAGAGAGAGAACAGAGAUGUCAUCCAGAGAAACAAAGUGAGACUGACCCGAGAACAAGAGGAGCUGGAGGAGCUGCUGUUGCUGGAGCAGCAAGGGAGCGAGCAGCGGAGGCUGGAGACGCUGCAGGAGGAGCAGAGGCAACUACUAGCCAAGAAGAAGAACAAGCAGGCACUCCUGGAUGAGUUAGAGAGCUCACACCUGCCCGCUACGCUGCUCUUAGCCCAGCACAAGGACCGGGCUGCUCAGCUGGAGACCCAGAUUGAGAUGCAGCGGCAGAUCGUCAAGCCUACCGUCUUCUCCACGGGGAUCCCUGUGGGCCAGACCAUCUCACUACAGCCUGUGGCUCACCUGCAGGAGGCGCUGUACCGAUACCAUGCCCUGCACAUCGAGACCUAUGGUCCCCAGGUGCCAGAGUUUGAGCAGCUGGGCCGCCUGGGGUACCUGAAUCACGUGCGGGCCACCUCAUCCCAGGACGUCGCGGGGGGAUACAGUUCGGGCCUGGCGUGCCACCGGGCUGUACAGGAUGCCUUCAGCGCCCUCUUCUUGGUGUCGCACUGAGGGCCCCGACGUGGCCCCAUGAGGGGCCGAACAGCACAACACGUACACUGUCUCCCUUUUCCAUGUGGUAUAUAUAUAUUUUUGUUAACGUAAGACUGUAAAAUACAACCUUGUAUCCCUG